AGUAAAUGUACUUUCCGGACACAAACCACCGCUCCAACUUCCUCAUGUUUCGCUCCAAAUUGGAACCCUCCAAUCCAAAUCGCUCAUUAUAAAAAUUUUCCCGAGAAAAUCUUUUGAAUUUUCCAGGCCAGAAGGAAAGUGAGGGAAAAUAAGAUAAAAUUCUGGGAGAAUUGGAGAAAUAAGAAGAUAAUGCAUUCCCUGAGCCUCAAAGUCUGCACUGAUUACUGCUCGGGGACGAGGACGUGUUUGCCGGGCCGGGGGAGCUUCGGUGCUGCGAAUUCGGAGCUCCGGAACUUGAGAGUCGGGCCGGGGUUUAGAGAUUUCGGGAAAUCGGGUCGGGUCGUGGCGUGUGUUCCGGAGAGGAAUGGAAAUAGCCGGAGCGGAAGUCCGAGUUCGAGUUCGAGCCCGAGUUCGGGUGCGGGUCAGAAAUCUAGUUCGUUUCUUUCUCGGAGUCAAAGCUGGGCUUUGUUGAAGCAGCAAAUGGAGGUUGCUGCAAAUACCGAGGAUUAUGAAGAGGCUGCGAGGAUACGCGACUCGUUGAAGUUGUUAGAAGAAGAAGAGCCGAUUUUGUGGCUCCGAAGGAAGAUAAAGGAGGCAAUCGCUGAAGAGAGGUUUGAGGAUGCAGCUAAGUAUCGAGAUGAGCUAAAGGCAAUUGCCCCUUACUCUUUCUUGAAAUGUUCAAGUGAUGCAACCACCUUGGGCAUUCGGGUUCAAGUUAGAAGUGUGUACAUAGAGGGACGAAGUCAGCCUUCAAAGGGGCAACACUUCUUUGCAUAUAGAAUACGAAUUAGCAAUAACUCAGAUCGCCCUGUUCAACUUCUUAGAAGACAUUGGAUUAUCACUGAUGCAAACGGAAAAUCCGAGAAUGUAUGGGGGAUUGGGGUUAUCGGUGAACAGCCUGUUAUUCUCCCUCAAGCUAGUUUUGAAUACUCAUCUGCCUGCCCAUUAAGCACUCCCACCGGAAGAAUGGAAGGUGACUUUGAGAUGAAACACAUCAAUAGGGUAAGUUCACAAUCAUUUAACGUGGCUAUUGCCCCAUUUUCCCUCUCAGUAUUGGGAGAUGACAUUGACACCUUUUGAAUUUUGACAAGUGAGUUGUGAAGUCGAUUUCGAGAGGCAUUGGAAUUUUAUAAUUAUUGUACGUUAUAUUCAACAGUUUUUAAGUGCAAAAAUCAUUUCUGUUCUUGGGCGAAUAGGUAUACAAAUGAAUACAUUUUUAUGUAGCAAGUUUACGAGAAUGAUUAAUUUGUAAAUAUGAAAGUACAGGUUUUUGUGACAGUUUUGUAACAGCAAAAUGUGAACUCUAUGAUAAGUUAACAAGCCUCUCAAUAAAUAUUCGAAUGCACCGAGUAUGUUCAAUGAAA